CCCACCUGGAAGGGAGCAGCGGCCAUUGGAGUUGAGGGCAGCUUUGCUUCGCAUCCAUUGACAGCUCAAAAGACGGCUGUUUUCUUAAAGGCAAAGGUCGGUGAGAUGAGCUGACCGAGGCGGGUUUUUUUCUUGCUUUCGAAACAGAUACGCCUGUCAGAGGAGCCAGCGUUACUUCCUCGUUGCCCAUUUCGCGCACACUCUUUAAAAGCGUUUAAGUUGGAGGCAUUGGGAGCAGCUGAAGAAAUCCAGUUACCUAAUUCAGUUGGGAGGAGAUUUUCAUUCCGAGAUAUGUGAUGAUUCCUUAGUAAUGUGAUUUCUCUGGAUUUUACUGGUCAGCUGCUGCACAAAAAACAGAAAAACAUUCAACAGCAUGAAGCCAGUUAUUGUUGUUCAUGGUGGAGCUGGUCGCAUCUUUAAAGAGCGGGAAGAUGGAAGUCGUUCUGGUGUCAUCAGAGCAGCAUUGAAAGGUUACGGUAUCCUUAAACAAGGAGGAACUGCAUUAGAUGCAGUUGAAGAAGCCGUAGUAUUAAUGGAAGAUGAUCCACAUUUUAAUGCAGGUUGUGGCUCUGUGUUAAAUGAGAAGGGUGAAGUAGAAAUGGAUGCUAUUAUCAUGGAUGGGAAAAAUCUAGCCUCAGGAGCAGUAUCAGCCGUGAAAUGUAUUUCUAACCCAAUAAAGCUUGCUCGUCUUGUAAUGGAAAAGACGGACCACAUGUUGCUGACUGACCAAGGGGCCUCUGCCUUUGCUAGGGCCAUGGGAAUUCCUGAGGUUCCUGGAGAAAAAUUAAUCACUGAAAGGUCACUGGAGAGGUGGAAGAAAAACCUUGAGGCUGACUGGAACCCUCAAGAAUGUCAAAAAGACCUUGGAACAGUUGGAGCGGUUGCUAUCGACAGUGCAGGAAAUGUAGCUUGUGCAACAUCAACAGGAGGACUUACUAACAAACGGCUUGGCCGCGUUGGUGAUACAGCAUGCAUAGGAAGUGGUGGUUAUGCAGAUAAUAGCAUUGGUGCCACCUCCACCACUGGCCAUGGAGAGAGCAUUAUGAAAGUGAUUCUGGCAAGACUUACUCUUUACCAUAUGGAGCAAGGGAAAUCACCAGGAGAGGCUGCUGAUGCUGCUCUAGAUUGUAUGAAAACCAGAGUUGGAGGUUUAGGCGGCAUCAUUGUUAUUAGCAGUUCAGGGGAGUGGGCUGCUAAGUUCUCUACCAACCAGAUGUCCUGGGCUGUUGUGAAGGAUGACCAGCUACAGUCUGGCAUUUAUACUGGGGAGAGGAAUACACAGUCUUUUGAAGAAGCUCUUGCCUCCGUUGGAUCCUAGAAAUGAGGAAGGACACCCUCUCAGAAAAAGGCAACCACUUUUUCCAGGGUUACUGCCUUGUGAGCAGAUAGUAUCCGAUCAGAAUUUUUAUUCUAGAUUGUGUAUGUUUCGUUCCUAUUGGUAUUUGAUUGAUCAAAUAAUUUUGACUCAUUAUGUAUUUUCAUUUUCAUUCUUUUGAAUAAAAGUUCUUCAGAAACUUGUA